AUCCCUAUUGGUAGAAAAAACACGAUAAAAAAGAAAAAAAUCAUUGGAAGAGAAAAAAAGGAAGAAAGCAAUUGUCAAGUCGUCUGUUCCGUGGGUGCAGACGACCUGUCUUGAUCGCCAAACAACCUUCUAAACAUCAAAUAAUAAAAUCAAGUUUCGAUUUUUGAUCUUUGUUUUGUUUCUGAACCAUGGAGGUGCCGAGUUCCUGGGAUGCCCUUCGCAAACAGGCAAGAAAACUUGAAGCUCAGUUGGAUGAGCAGAUGAAUUCUUAUCGUAAAUUGGUUUCAGCUAAUGUUUCUACAAAAGCUGACACUGCAGGGAGUGAUCUAGAAUCUUGGAUCGAGCGAUUAAUAAAACAACUCCAACAUGUAAACUCACAGAUGCAAGCUUGGGUAUCAUCUGGUGGUUCAGAAAUGGUUUCUCAUACUUUGACUAGACAUCAAGAAAUUCUUCAAGAUCUUACCCAGGAGUUUUAUCGGCUUCGCUCAAGUCUUAUAGCUAAGCAAGAACAUGCUUCACUGCUAGAGGAUUUUAAAGAAUUUGAUCGGACAAGAUUAGAUUUGGAACAGGGUGUAGACUCUGAACAGCAUGCACUCCUAAAAGAGCGUGCAUCUAUCAGCCGAAAUACAGGACAUAUGGACACUGUUAUUUCACAAGCACAAGCAACACUAGGAGCACUUGUCUUCCAACGUUCAACAUUUGGUGGCAUCAAUUCAAAGCUUGGUAACGUGAGCAGUCGGCUCCCGACGGUAAAUAACAUACUUUCUGCAAUAAAGAGGAAAAAGUCAAUGGAUACCAUUAUACUUUCCCUAGUUGCAGCCGUAUGCACAUUUCUUAUUUUCAUCUACUGGCUAUCCAAGUGAGGAUGUUGCUUUUUUGAUUGCUCCUUUUGUGUAAACUUUGUAUGUUCCUUGUCUAUUGAGCUUAGUAGCUGCCAUGAUGAAACGCGUUUUUCUGGUAGUAGUCUAUUUUUUAUUCCAUUGUUUAACCAUGUAUCAAAAAGCAAUGCUGAGUAAAAGAUCAGAAAUUACCUAGUGUUCAUUUCUUGCUUUCUAUUUCAUAGAUCAUAGCUUGUAGUGAGUGGAGAGAAUAUAAAAAAAAUUAAAGUGUGUUUGGUGCAUUUGUUUUGAAUAUAUAUAUUUUUUUA